GAUUCAUGAACCAUUUAUAAUACAAGAUUAUCGUUCUGAUGAGUUCAAUAAACUUAUAUCACCAUCUGACGAAAGUCAAACAGUUGAUCUCGAAUUAUGUGUUCAACUACUUCAAUAUUUCGAUCAUCAUCAUCAAUAUGUUUCUAAUUACUAUGCAGGCUCCGUGAUAUUGACUCGUCCACAUAAAUUCGGUCAUCAUACGCCAAUAAAAGGUAUUGAAUCUUCAUUUUGUAUGUCAGUACGGCAACAUGCAUGGAUUCCCGUUUAUGGUGAUAUGUUACUUAAACCUGGCGAUGUUUAUUUAUUACCAACAAAUAGUCAAACAUCAGUCUUUCGACGAUAUAUACCUCAUUUAGAUGAAUCAAAAGUAUCGUUAAAUAAUUCAAAUUUUAUUUAUGAUAUACUUGGUAUAAAAUCACAAGUUGAACAUCGAGCUAUAUUCGAGUUACUUAUGAAAUGGUCGUGUAAUCUUGAUAGUGAAUCAUUAUGGAACUUAGUCCAUCAGACAAAUGCAUUAGAUAUGUAA